AGUGAUGUCACAGGCCCCAUGUGAGCGGAUUGCAACACAUGCAGCUGCCUGGAGAGAGGGAGCCGGUGUCCUACGUCAGAGCCGCCGCCGCGGAGCCGCCGCCGGGGAGGAGCAGCCGCUGCCGCCCAGGACUGGGCCCUUAGGGAGGAGGAGGCGAGAAGAUGGCGGACGACCCCAGUGCUGCGGACAGGAACGUGGAGAUCUGGAAGAUCAAGAAGCUGAUUAAGAGCUUGGAGGCGGCCCGCGGCAAUGGCACAAGUAUGAUAUCAUUGAUCAUUCCUCCCAAAGACCAGAUUUCACGAGUGGCAAAAAUGUUAGCUGAUGAGUUUGGAACUGCAUCUAACAUUAAGUCACGAGUAAACCGCCUUUCAGUCCUGGGAGCCAUUACAUCUGUACAACAAAGACUCAAACUUUAUAACAAAGUACCUCCAAAUGGCCUGGUUGUUUACUGUGGUACAAUUGUAACAGAAGAAGGAAAGGAAAAGAAAGUCAACAUUGACUUCGAACCUUUCAAACCAAUUAAUACAUCAUUGUAUUUGUGUGACAACAAAUUCCACACAGAGGCUCUUACAGCACUACUUUCAGAUGAUAGCAAGUUUGGUUUCAUUGUAAUAGAUGGUAGUGGUGCACUUUUUGGCACACUCCAAGGAAAUACAAGAGAAGUCCUGCACAAAUUCACUGUGGAUCUCCCAAAGAAACACGGUAGAGGAGGUCAGUCAGCCUUGCGUUUUGCCCGUUUAAGAAUGGAGAAGCGACAUAACUAUGUUCGGAAAGUAGCUGAGACUGCUGUGCAGCUGUUCAUUUCCGGGGACAAAGUGAAUGUGGCUGGCCUCGUUUUAGCUGGAUCGGCUGACUUUAAAACCGAACUAAGUCAAUCUGAUAUGUUCGAUCAGAGGUUGCAAUCAAAAGUUUUAAAAUUAGUUGAUAUAUCCUAUGGUGGUGAAAAUGGAUUCAACCAAGCUAUUGAGUUAUCUACUGAAGUCCUCUCCAACGUGAAAUUUAUUCAAGAGAAGAAAUUAAUAGGACGAUACUUUGAUGAAAUCAGCCAGGACACGGGAAAGUACUGUUUUGGAGUUGAAGAUACACUAAAGGCUUUAGAAAUGGGAGCUGUAGAAAUUCUAAUAGUCUAUGAAAAUCUGGAUAUAAUGAGAUACGUUCUUCAUUGCCAAGGCACAGAAGAGGAGAAAAUUCUCUAUCUAACUCCAGAACAAGAGAAGGAUAAAUCUCAUUUCACAGACAAAGAGACAGGACAAGAACAUGAGCUAAUUGAGAGCAUGCCCCUGCUGGAAUGGUUUGCUAACAACUAUAAAAAAUUUGGGGCUACAUUGGAAAUUGUCACAGAUAAAUCACAAGAAGGAUCCCAGUUUGUGAAAGGAUUUGGUGGAAUUGGAGGUAUCUUGCGGUACCGAGUAGAUUUCCAGGGAAUGGAAUACCAAGGAGGAGACGAUGAAUUUUUUGACCUUGAUGACUACUAGGUAGUCGACAUGGGUCCGGCAAAAUGUGCCUCACCCUCCAGCAUCCAACCCAAGGAGCAUACCCGUGGUGGAAUCCAAACAGAUCCCUGCCUUACAAUUGGAACAUUUCCAGAACUUAAUCCAUGAGCAUUGGAUAUUGAAAAGAAAACCGAAACAAAACCAGACCCAGCCCUACACUUUGGUUUGUCAUGGUGUCAGCGCAGCAGCUACAACUAAGUCCUAAAUGCCACUUUGGACUAAUUUAAACAAGAAUCCCAGUUUUUACUUUUACUCGAUGGUGAAAUUGGUUGCUCUUGUAUUUUAUGGAAAAAAAUGAUUUUUUUAACCUUCAUACAUAGAAGCAAAAAUACCUUAACUGCUGUAAACCUUCAAAAGUUAAUAGAAAUGAGAUCAUACUGGUUUGUUUCUUAUUUUGAUUGGAAAAAAUUAAAUUGCUGCAUUUCGCAGUGACCCAUUUACAUGGCAUUCUCAGCUUAGACUGCAUAAGAAGAAAUACAUGUGGUGAAAUGUUGGAA